AGUUUGAAGAUGGAAAGCAGCGCACAAGCUUGCCCAUUAUCUCUCUGUACGCUUAUUUCCUUUCCAAAUCCUCCAAACACGAAGCUCAAGUUCUUCAGACUCAAUGCUUCAACGAAGUCUCAGUCCCAGUCCUUUCGGUUACAUCCCCGGAGCAAACACCGCGCAAGGAGACACUCCAACAAACCAAAGCCAUUCAAAGAGGAAGACGUGUUUCCCUCGUCUUUACCACUCCAUUCCAAAAACCCAUAUGCCAUUUACAAGGAUAUCCAAAGAUUCGCCAAACAGAACAAGCUUAAAGAAGCUCUCGCCAUCUUGGACUACAUGGACCAAGAGGGCAUCCCUGUCAACCCCACCACUUUCUCUGCUCUUUUAGCCGCUUGCGUUCGAACAAAAGCUUUGGAUUAUGGGAAAAUAGUUCAUGUUCAUAUUAGAAUAAACGGGCUUGAGCAUAAUUCGUUUUUGCGGACGAAACUUGUUCACAUGUACACUUCUUGUGGGUCUUUUGAGGAUGCGGAUAAGGUGUUUGAGGAAAGUUCUAGUAGAAGUGUGUAUCCGUGGAAUGCUUUGCUGAGAGGGACUGUAAUCGCGGGGAAAAAGCGUUAUCGUGACGUGCUUGUUAAUUAUAUGAAAAUGCGUGAAUUGGGGAUAGAUUUGAAUGUGUAUUCUUUCUCUUGUGUGAUCAAGAGCUUUGCAGGGGCAUCUGCAUUUACGCAAGGUUUAAAGACUCAUGCAUUGUUGAUCAAGAAUGGUUUUAUUGAUUAUUCCAUUCUGAGGACUACUUUGAUUGAUAUGUACUUUAAAUGUGGAAAAAUUAAGCUUGCGAAACGUGUGUUUGAAGAGAUUGAUGAUAGAGAUAUUGUGAUAUGGGGAGCAACGAUUUCAGGUUUUGCACAUAAUAGGUUGCAAAGAGAAGCUUUAGAUUGUGCUAGGGAGAUGAUAAGUGAAGGGACAUAUCCAAAUUCAGUUGUGUUGACUAUUUUACUUCCUGUGAUUGGAGACGUUUGUGCGAGAAAAUUAGGCCGAGAGGUUCAUGCUUAUGUGCUGAAAAGAAAGAAACUUUUAGAGCAGCCAUUUAUUCAGUCUGGAUUGGUUGAUAUGUAUUGUAAAUGUGGAGAUAUGAAUUCCGGAAGGCGUGCAUUUUAUGCAACGGUUGAUAGGAAUGCUGUAGUGUGGACUGCUUUGAUGUCAGGCUAUAUCUCUAAUGGAAGGCUUGAGCAGGCCUUAAGAUCAAUAGUUUGGAUGCAGCAGGAAGGCUUCAGGCCCGAUGUUGUGACAGUUGCAACUGUUAUUCCUGUUUGUGCCCAGUUGCGAGAUUUGAAGCACGGGAAGGAGAUUCAUGCUUACGCUGUUAAGAGUUGGUUCCUGCCGAAUGUAUCAAUAACUACAUCGUUGAUGAUAAUGUAUUCAAAGUGUGGAGUUUUGGAGUAUUCUUUGAAAAUAUUUGACAGCAUGGAGGGGAGGAAUGUGAUCUCAUGGACUGCAAUGAUUGAUUCAUGCAUAGAAAAUGGGCAUCCAUAUGAGGCGCUUACUGUGUUUAAGUCCAUGCAGUUAUCGAAACACAGACCAGAUUCCGUUGCAAUGUCAAGGAUGUUGAGUGUCUGUGGUCAACUUAAAGCACUAAAGCUUGGGAAGGAGAUCCAUGGACAAGUUUUGAAGAAAGAUUUUGAGUCCAUUCCUUUUGUCGCUGCAGAAAAUAUCAACAUGUAUGGCAUGUGUGGAUUCAUUGACAGUGCAAAGUCAGUGUUUGACGCUGUCCCUGUCAAGGGUGUUAUAACAUGGACUGCUAUUAUAGAAGCUUAUGGAUAUAAUGAACUGUCGCGAGAGGCACUUAGUCUUUUUAACAAAAUGAGAUAUGGUGGUUUCACUCCAAACCAUAUUACUUUCAAAGUUCUUCUAUCAAUCUGCAACCAAGCUGGAUUUGCAGACGAAGCUUGCCAGAUUUUUCAUAUAAUGUCUCGCAAGUAUAACAUUAAGGCAUCAGAAGAACAUUACUCGAUAAUGAUUGAACUUCUUAACCGUUUUGGUCGCAUUGAGGAUGCUCGAAGGUUUAGAGAAAUGAGUUCUUUGAUAUCAUAACUUAGAGGCAAUGGGGACUCCUUAUCUCAUGUUUGAACUUAUAAAGUAGCUCUUGAAGCCUCCUAUCUUUUUAUUGAUCUCCCAUUUAUGUCAAAAUGUAUAGAUUUGUUGUAACUAAAUGUAUUUAACAAUCUUGUCCCCUAA